AUGGUUGUAACCUCUACGUGUCCUUCCUUUGUAGUAAUUUUUGUGCGUGCAAGUUAGCGAUUUGUGGCGCCUAAUUUGAACUGUAAUAUUGCUUCCCAAUCAUUUGGGCGUUCUUUUCGGUGCAUGCUAAGCGCCAAUGACUUUUAUUACAAUAAGGAAAUGAUGACAGAUGAAUAACAGGUAGGGUGUACGUAACAACAGUAAAAAGCAGUUUUGGUUGUAAAUGCCGGAAAAUUGUUUCGGUACUGCCUGUUCGACUGUAACGUCGAACAUUAUCCAAUAAGAGGAUCAGACGAGGAAGAUCAUGCGCGUUGGUUUGGGACUGCAGAAGAAAAGAACGCCAUUUUGCAAGCGUCGGGCGAUUGUUUGAGAAACGCUCACGUUGAGCUAGUGUUUUUACCACGGUAGUACUGGUGUAUAUUUUCAUUACAAAUUUUGAAAACCGGCAUGGGUGAUUACCACCAAGUAGGUACGGUGCAGCAGGAUACGAUGGGUACUGUACAACUCGAGUUGGGAACGAAUCCAAACGCGCUAGCACUUCGCCGGCCUUUUGACCCUUUGGCUCACGACUUGGAGUCGAGUUUUCGUCUGACGCGAUUUGCCGAUUUAAAAGGCCGCGGCUGCAAAGUACCACAGGAGGUUCUCAAUAAGCUGGUGGAGGGCCUCCAACAAGAUUACCAGAAUGCUACCGACCAAGAUCAUGCACACUUCAUGCAUAUGGCUAUUCCGCGAAUCGGAAUUGGACUCGACUGCUCGGUAACACCUCUUCGUCACGGCGGUUUGUGCCUCGUCCAAACCACCGACUUCUUUUAUCCACUAGUAGACGAUCCAUACAUGAUGGGGAAAAUUGCAUGCGCCAACGUACUCAGUGAUCUAUAUGCGAUGGGUGUUACCGAAUGUGACAACAUGCUGAUGUUGCUCGGUGUUAGUACUAAAAUGACGGAAAAAGAGCGAGACGUUGUUAUUCCCUUGAUAAUGAGGGGAUUCAAAGAUGCCGCUUUAGAAGCCGGUACCACUGUCACAGGUGGACAAACAGUUGUCAAUCCCUGGUGCACAAUUGGCGGAGUAGCUUCCACAGUUUGCCAGCCUAACGAAUACAUUGUACCGGAUAAUGCUGUCGUUGGUGACGUCUUAGUAUUGACAAAACCUUUGGGUACACAGGUUGCAGUAAACGCUCACCAAUGGCUCGACCAACCGGAACGUUGGAAUCGGAUCAAGCUGGUGGUUAGUGAAGAAGACGUUCGUAAAGCGUACCACCGUGCAAUGGACUCAAUGGCCCGUCUAAACCGCGUCGCCAGCCGCCUAAUGCAUAAAUACAACGCGCACGGCGCCACCGACGUCACUGGCUUCGGCCUACUCGGCCACGCACAAACCUUAGCAUCACACCAGAAGAACGAGGUCUCUUUCGUCAUUCACAACCUACCGGUCAUCGCGAAAAUGGCGGCCGUCGCCAAGGCGUGCGGCAACAUGUUCCAACUACUGCAAGGACACUCUGCAGAAACAUCCGGCGGACUUCUCAUUUGCUUGCCGCGCGAACAGGCUGCCGCCUAUUGUAAAGAUAUCGAAAAGCAAGAGGGCUAUCAGGCUUGGAUUAUCGGAAUCGUCGAGAAGGGCAGUCGUACAGCUCGCAUAAUCGAUAAACCGCGAGUGAUUGAAGUACCGGCAAAAGAUUAGUUUACGUCUGUAUCGCCAUUAAGCUUUUAGUAUCACUAAAUUAUUUUUUUUAAGGUAGAGAUUCAAAGCUUGCCGAUAACUAAAACUUCUAUCAUCUUUUUUGUGUGAAACCUUUUAUAUAUUAAGGCUUCUUUUAAAUCGGCUUUGUUAUUCUUCAGUUGUAAUUGUAGAGCAUUAGCAUAGCACAAUCCUAUAUCUCAAUUUCAUUUUGUACAUGUACCUCUACUAGUGUUUAUAAUGAUGAUAGUCUUAAAAUUUGUCUGAUUAUUUAAUAAGAUUCCCGUGCCACAGUCAUUUUUGGAUUUAUAAAUGUAUUCUUUCAUUAUUGAUUCAUUGAUCUUUGCUAGUAUUAGGAGGAUAUUCGUAUUUGUAUUUUUUUGUAACAUCCGUUUGGAAAUAUAAGUAUACCUACUCCUGUGAA